UUAUUUGUGACGUCACUUCCAGUUCCGGCAGAAGCGCGCGGGGCCCGCGUGGAAAAAGCGGCGAUGAGGCCCGGUUUCAGCCCCCGGGGGGGACGCGGCGGCUUCCGAGGCAGAGGUUCCGGUUUCCCGCCCCGCGGAGGGGGCGUGGCCCGCGGAGGGGGCGUGGCCCGCGGAGGGGGCGUGGCCCGCGGAGGGGGCGUGGCCCGCGGAGGGGGCGUGGCCCGCGGAGGGGGCGUGGCCCGCGGGGCGCCGAGGGGGCGUGGCCGAGGCCGAGGGGGCGGGGCCAGGGGCGGGGCCCGCGGCGGCUUCAAAGGCGGGAAAAAAGUGACGGUGGAGCCGCACCGGCACGAAGGUGUGUUUAUCUGCCGGGGCCGGGAGGACGCGUUGGUCACGCGCAAUUUGGUUCCGGGGGAGUCGGUGUACGGAGAGAAACGGAUCAGCGUGGGGGAGGGUACCGAAGUGGUGGAAUACCGGGCCUGGAACCCGUUCCGCUCCAAGCUGGCCGCCGCCAUCCUGGGGGGCAUCGAUCGCAUCCACAUCGCGCCCGGCGCCCGCGUGCUGUACCUGGGCGCCGCCUCGGGCACCACCGUCAGCCACGUCUCCGACAUCGUGGGGCAGGAGGGCGUGGUGUACGCGGUGGAGUUCUCGCAGCGCUCGGGCCGGGACCUGCUGGGGGUGGCCAAGAGAAGAACCAACGUGGUGCCGGUGAUCGAGGACGCGCGGCACCCCCACAAGUACCGCAUGCUGGUCGGCAUGGUGGACGUGAUCUUCGCGGACGUGGCGCAGCCGGACCAGACGCGCAUCGUGGCGCUGAACGCGCAUCACUUCCUGCGCUGCGGCGGCCACUUCCUCAUCUCCAUCAAGGCGAACUGCAUCGACUCGACGGCGCCGGCCGAGGCCGUGUUCGCGGGCGAGGUGAGGAAGAUGACGGCCGAGCGGAUGAAGCCGCAGGAGCAGCUGACCCUGGAGCCCUACGAGAGGGACCACGCCGUGGUGGUCGGCGUCUACCGGCCCCUCCCAAAGGAAAAGUGACGUCAUCGCUCCUCCCGCCCGCCAGAGGGCGCCAUCAGCGGGGGCGUGGCCUAACCCGGAAGUAUCCAGCGCUAAACGGAAACGGGCGUGGCCUAACCCGGAAGUGGGCAUUGGGGGUGGGGGGGGUUUGGUAAUUAAAGGAGAUUUGAUUAA